UUAGUCCCCUCUUCCAGCCAGUCCGCGGGGAGAGGCUCGUCCGGGGAGCUUCUUCAAAGCAACCCACUUUCUGCCUCGACUUCCAGCGGAGGACCCGAGGCAGUCCAAGGGUGCGUGGAGCUGGUGGCGGAUUUCCCAAUGACCAACGCCUUUCCCCGCCAGUCUCCUUCCAGUGGCUUUGCUCGUCGGCGGCGCCCAAGCCCUCCGGUUGUCCCGCAUUUCUUUUAGAGGGGCUGGGAUAGUCCUCGGCGGCUGUCGUCUUUGCCCGGGUGAGGCGCUGUAGGGACCGGUUCUGGUCUGGAGGAGAGAAGGCGGGCGUGCUCCUCCUCGCAGCCUCUCGGAGAAGGAUUACAUAGGCUGAAGUAUUUUGGUCUAGCCCUGCCGCCGCCUCAGCAGCCAUGGGACUGCAGCCUUUGGAGUUCAGCGAUUGCUACCUGGACAGCCCUUGGUUCCGGGAAAGAAUACGAGCUCACGAAGCGGAGCUGGAGAAAACCAACAAAUUCAUCAAAGAGCUGCUCAAGGAUGGCAAGACGCUGAUCGCCGCCACCAAGAAUCUUUCAGCUGCCCAAAGAAAGUUUGCUCGUUCACUGAGAGAUUUCAGGUUUGAAUGUAUUGGUGAUGCUGAAACAGAUGAUGAAAGAUGCAUAGAUGCAUCCCUUCAUGAAUUCUCUAACUUUCUGAAAAAUUUAGAAGAACAAAGAGAAAUAAUGGCCCUAAGUGUAACUGAAACUCUUAUCAAGCCUCUGGAAAAAUUCAGAAAAGAACAACUUGGAGCAGUAAAGGAAGAAAAAAAGCGGUUCGAUAAAGAAACAGAAAAGAACUAUAGUUCACUGGAGAAACAUUUAAACAUGUCAGCUAAGAAGAAAGAAGCACAAAUAUUGGAGGCAGACAACCAAAUAGAGCAAAACAGAAAACAUUUCUAUGAGUUGUUACUUGUAUAUGUGUGUAAACUGCAAGAGAUACAAGAAAGAAAAAAAUUCGAGUUUGUAGAACCUGUCCUGUCGUUUUUUCAGGGCAUGUUCACAUUCUACCAUCAAGGUUAUGAACUUGCCAAAGAUUUUAACCAUUACAAAAUGGAUCUGCAGAUCAAUAUCCAGAAUACAAGGAAUCGUUUUGAGGGAACAAGAUCAGAAGUGGAAGACCUCAUGAACAAAAUCAAGCAAAAUCCCAAAAAACACAAAAGAGCAAAUCAGUUUGCAAUGGAAGGUUAUCUUUAUGUGCAGGAAAAAAGACCUGCACCAUUUGGUUCCAGUUGGAUAAAACAUUAUUGCAUGUAUAAGAAGGAAUCAAAGAAGUUUACUAUGUUACCUUUUGAACACAGAUCGGGAGGAAAAAGUGGUGAAUUGGAAGUCUAUCUACUUCAGAACUGUACUAAAAGGAAUACUGAUUCUAUAGAUAGGAGAUUUUGCUUUGAUAUGGAAGUACUAGAGAGACCUGGUAUGCCUUUCACCCUGCAAGCAUUCUCAGAAGAGGACAGGAACAUGUGGUUUGAAGCCUUAGAUGGGAAGGAAACUGUGUUUCUCAAUUUGAACAAGACUAAUACACAAAAAGAGGGAAGUGCGCAGCUAGAUAAGAUUGGAUUCACAAUUCUCAGAAAAUGCAUUAGUGCUAUUGAAAAAAGAGGUAUAAAUGAUCAAGGACUGUAUAGAGUUGUCGGGGUGAGUUCAAAAGUCCAGAGACUUCUGAAUUUGUUGAUGGAUGCAAAAACAUGUGAUGAAGUUGAUUUGGAAGGUAAUACAGAAUGGGAAGUGAAGACAAUAACAAGUACAGUGAAACAAUACUUAAGAAGCCUGCCAGAGCCCUUAAUGACGUAUGAAUUACAUGGAGAGUUCAUCACUCCUGCUAAAAGUGGUAGCCCUGAGUCCCGUAUUAAAGUUAUCCACUCCUUGGUUCAUAAACUUCCAGAAAAGAACAAAGAAAUGCUUGAUAUUGUUGUGAAGCACUUAGCAAAUGUUUCCGAUCAUGCUAAGAAAAAUCUUAUGACUGUGGCAAAUUUAGGAGUUGUAUUUGGACCAACAUUAAUGAGGCCACAGGAAGAAACAGUGGCUGGUCUUAUGGAUCUGAAAUUUCAGAACAUUGUGGUGGAGAUCCUAAUUGAAAACCAUGAAAAGAUUUUCCAUAUGCUGCCUGAUGCUUAUUUCCCUGAGCCUACGCCUGCGCCAAUCUCUCCUCCAAAUGCCCCACCACGACAAUCAAGACGACAGGGGCAACGUAAUAAGAGGCCUGUUGCUGUAUAUAAUCUCUGCCUAGAACUGGAUGACAGUGACAAUCUUAUCCCUGCCAAAGAAUACACACGUUCAGGUAGCAUGGAUUCCCUAUCUUCUCAGUCUCCCACAACCGCUGCUCCUACCAGCCCUCAAGACACAGAGAAAAAUAAUCUCAUAACUGACAGUGGCAAUCCAUCCAGUGAGGUUCAUUCAUCAAUGGUUUCCUGGAUAAAUCUAAAGUCAACUACAGCACAAAGUCCAGUCACAACAAACCUAUCAUUUUUAUUUCCAUCCUCUGCUACAGAAACUGAUAGACCAGUUGGAAGAAAAGCCAUGGCAGUAUAUCCAUGUGAAGCAGAGCAUAGUUCUGAGCUGUCUUUUCAAACUGGUGCUGUUUUUGAAGAUGUGCAUCUUUCACGAGAACCUGGCUGGCUAGAAGGAACUCUAAAUGGGAAGAGAGGACUCAUUCCACAAAACUAUGUCCAGUUUCUUUAGUUUUCUUCUGAAUCCUUGGAAGGUGUACAUGGUAUCCAUGGCUACAGACAGAUAGAUAUUGUAUAUUGCUUUUCUUGGCUUCAGAAACUUUUAAUCAGUAAAAAUUUGAGAUUAAUAUCUUAAUCUGUAUAAAGAUGUAACAGUGCAGAUGCAUGUAAUUUUAUAUGGAGUAGGGGAGAGAGAAAGACAGAAAAGGAAAUUUAAUUUUAUAAAUAAUACUUUGUAAAGAUUUAGAGUUAUAUGUAUGUUUGCAUGUUUGUAAGAACUUGAAUCAAAAAGCCAUUUAAAUUGUUAUCCAAAUACCAGUUUGAAAGGUCACAAAACUGUUUAAUCUGCUUUUGUAUUUUAAAUUUGAGAAGUAUAAAACUUUGGAAAGUGGACUCGAAUAAUUUCUUGGAAAAACUGCAAACCAAAACCGUUGUAAAAGAUUCAUGUGGCCAAUUCAUUGUGAAGGUUGUAGAUAAUCUGAAAAAGGCAUAGUUCUUCAAGCUGAGCACAAGUCCAGAUGACUUCAGGAAUGCAGCCCUGUAACUUACUUAGUAACAGUAUGGAAGUGGAUUGCUUUGCCUUCAGGAUUUCAUUUUUUAUUUCUGCUGUAAUCUCCAGUCCAAUCUCUGAAGGACUCCAUCUGAGUACUCAUCAGGCUGAUCCAAUGUAUUAAUUGUGAAUGCCUCAGUUUAAAAAUGAAUAUA